GCCUUGGCGGGACACCGCUCCAGCGUUGAGAAUGACAGAGCUCAGCGCAGAGGAAGGGAGUAGCUCCAAGAUAAAUAUCACUUAAUGGCUCAUAAUGAGGCCGAAUGACAGACGACCAUUUCCUGGUGGACGCGAGGAAAGACAGGAACAAACAAAGAAACAUCACGCCGACAACAAUCUUGACGAGAACGGCCACCAUCUUGAGAGGCCUUCACUUUGUGACGCAUUUGAUAAGGUGACCGCACCGAUGCCGCCGUCGCCCAUUUCUGCACACGCCGUCCUGGGAGAGAGGCACGGUCACUCGCAGACCCAACUGGGAAUAUUUUUUUUCCCACCCCGGGACGUUUCUCUCACUACGUUAUAACACAGAGGGUGAAGAAUCAACAUUGUGCAGGCGGAGUGAGAAGUCCCACCAUGGAAAUCCUUGAUGCUUCCACACUAUCAGCUUCAGCUGUGACCUAUGACCCUAAAUCCGAGGCCGUGUCAUUGCCGGGAGGCGUGGUCUCUGUGGCGGGCAUCGCCGUGGUCACCGGCGGCGUGGAGCUCUCCUGCGGUUCCUGCAUGCUGGCUUUCGGCUUUUGGGGCACGCUCAUCGGCUUCAGCUGCGUGGGCGUGGGCACCUGGGACCAGCUGAACCACUUCAGCGGGGGAACAUCUCACUUACUGGCGCUGGGACUGGUGAUCCUGGCCUUCAGUUUUGCCGUGGUCGGGAGCGUGGUGGCCUUCUACAUCCUGACGAAGAGGAGGAGGGAGAGGAGGCGCAGCGCCAGGCAGGACGGCAAGGAAGUGCUUGUGGAGGAGAAUGCAGUUAAACGGGUCACGGUGUAAUUGACAGUCGCGAGAGAUUUGGAUUUGAGUUCUGUCAUUAAAAUGGAACGUGUUGUGCUGACACGCCUCCUGACAUGCAAAUCA